AUGGUGCGAGAGACCAGCCGGUUGGCAAAAGCGGGCACCAGACGGUCAAAGACCCCUGCGGGUGGUCAGCGCGCAGAGAAGCAGAGCGAUCCCCAACGGAGGGAAACAUCGGUGCGGUCGUAUCGAUUAGUGACACCAGGUGAUGGUGGUGGUCAUCCAGAAGAUCUGUUAUCAUUCGUAAAUGUCAACAGCGCAUUUUUAUAUACGCACAACCGGCGACGAGGACGACGACGACGAUCACGUCUAUUCCAUCGCAUAUACGCCAUCGUCUCAUCGACUAGUGGAAAUAGCAUACUGCGUUUUGCUAUUGCUGCUGCUACUGCUCCUGCUGCUACUGCUGUUACUGCAGUUCCUCUAUCCGCUCAUUACUCAUCCUGUUCGACUCUUAUGAAGUUAGUCAAGGAAAUUGCCUAG